AUGGCAGUUUCUAUUAUGAGCUUGUUGUUUGUGAUUUUAACGGAGUUUUCGUGCUUAGUUCAUGCACUUAAAUUUUACGUCGGUGGGGAUGACGGUUGGAACCUAAAGCCAUCGAAGAACUAUAUUCACUGUGCUGACGAUAUCGCUUUCAGGUCAACGAUGAAAUCGGUAUUGUUCAAGUACAAGAAAGGGCAUGAUUCGGUACUUGUUGUAAAUGAAAAUGAUUAUUCAAAAUGCAACAAAGAAAAUCCAAUAAAAAUAUUGAAAGAAGGUGACUCCAAAUUCAAGUUUGAGAAAUCAGGUCCAUUUUUCUUCAUUAGUGGCCAUAACCAAAAUUGUGAGAAGGGGGAGAAGUUGAUCGUCGUUGUUCUUUCCGAUCGCCACCGCAACACCACCCACAAUGCUCCAUCGCCGCUGCCGGAGACACCCCUCAAACCACCGUCCCACUCCCCUUCUCCAUCACCUUCUCCAUCUAUGAAUAAACCUCCAGCCCUAGCUCCAGUUGCUCAUCACUCGCCAACUCCUUCUCACGCGCCACCCACUCACUCUCCAUCCCCAUCUCCGGCCGCCCACACAGCCAUUACUCACCACUCGCCAACCCCUUCACCGGCAGCUAAAUCUCCCACCCACGCGCCGCCAGUCAAGCCACCAUCUCAUUCACCAUCUCCAUCUCCGGCGGCCCCAGCACACAUUACUCACCACUCACCAAGCCCUUCCCCAGCAUCUAAAUCGCCGACGCAUGCGCCGCCGGUCAAGCCACCUUCUCAUUCGCCAUCCCCAGCUCUUAUUACUCACCACUCACCGAACCCUUCCCCAGCAGCCAAAACUCCUUUACACGCGCCGCCGGCCCAACCACAUUCUAAAUCUCCAGCCCCUUCUCCGGCGGCCAAAUCUACUACACACGUUCCACCAUCUUAUUAA